UCCCGUCGACCAUAACAGGAAUGAUCGGUAGAGAAGCUGUUGGGGUGGAGCAACUCUGCCUACACAACCAGCACAAUAAAAAUGGAGCUCGGUGUCAGACAGCUAUAGAAAUAUGAACUGUCACUCACCAGUCAGCACUUUACUCGUUUGUUCGCCUCACUAACUGACACUGUAACCGUAGUAACUAACCGCCCGGGCAGACUUCGACUGUAUGGCGGGUCUGUCUUAUUUAGUGCUCCGGUUUUCGGGCUCCGCUGGUCGGACUUACGGAGUGUUUUCCAAAGGCUUGACGAGGACUUUGUUGAUAUUUUUUGAUCUCGCGUGGCGACUGCGAAUCAGAUUCCCUUAUAUCUACCUGGUCGCUUCGAUGAUGUUUAAUGUCAGAUUGCAGGUCCACAUUGAAAUCCACUGAAUCUUCAAUGCCUGUAUUUGGACUUAAAUUCAAUACAUUGUGGGCAAUGCCAUGUUUCUGCCCUCUAAAAGAAACUGUGUGGCACUGCACAGCGACGCGAAGGAAGAGGACAUUUAAUUCUGUGUGACCAUGCAACAAAGUGACACACACGGCUGGUUGUUGCAGUCAGCCCUCGCUACACGAGCCAAGUGCCUUUGCAUGGGAAGCACGGCAGUGAAGUCUGCAAAAAUGAGCCGCGGUCAUGUGUGAGGGAGGAGGGGGAAACAAUGCCUCACGUUAACCCUUUUAACUCGCCACCAGAGAACCAGGAGCUGCUUGUCCUGGCCGUGGAGAUUGUGUCGUAUGACAGGUUGAUGACUGCCUUUUCUCUCUGGAUAUCGAGAACUCUGGCGUAGAUAUGAAUACGGAUGAUUGUUACUGUGGUACUUUGUAGCUACUCUUCAAUGUCUGACAUGUAUGUUUAUUAGGUGCUCAGUGUCAACAUCUGACUUUAAUUUAAAAAGUAAAAAUCUACACCGCAUGGCACAAACAAGCAUGUUUCUUGUCCUCUGUGGCUCGGGACACUUUAUUUGGGGUUAGCUGUAUAAGCGGUACAUCUUUUAUUAUAGGAGAACAGUACAGCUGCCACUACUGGAAACGUCUGUUAUUAAGUGCAGUCUCAAAGGGAAUCACUGCAUGUUUCUUUGUGUUCGCACACACACGUCAUCUCACUCAUUGUUCUUUCUGCAUAUCAGUGGCACUGGAAAUGCAGAGUUGGUGAAAAAAAUGUUACCUUCAAAGUUUUUUUUUUAGCAGCAUUUGUUUUUAUUUCUGUGGAAAAUGUGAGUGUUGGGUUUUGAAGUCACAGAAGUGAGGGUAAGGAUAAUUGAAUUUGGGAAGUAAUAAAUGAAUGAAAUCACUA